UGUUUCUCAUGAAAACAAUAUAAUAUGGUGUUUUAAAAGUGGAGCAAAUUGCCACGAAAGAUAUAUUUGGUUAGAACACAACAUUGAAGAUCUUUUAAAGAAGCAUAGAAGAAUUGCCUUAUUUAUAUGGUUGGGCACAUGUGACCUCACUAGAAAGGUUAAUAAAUAUAUUAACUUAAAACCAAAUCCAGUUGCUAACUUGAAAAAUGAUCUGCAAAAGUACAAGGACCUUGCUGACAAGUACUCCGAUGUAAAGAUCUGUUUCAUUCAUGUGCCAUAUUACUCAAUUGAAAAGUGGAACAAGUUAAAAGGUCAUUCAAAUUCUGAAACAUUCAAAGAAGACGACCGAAGACUCACAGAUUAUAUAACUGAAAUUAAUAACUUCAUAGAUGAUUUAAAUUGUCAAACCGGAACAAGCUCUCCAAGAUUAAAUCAGGAUCUGUGCAGAAGUCGUAAAAGAAAAAAUUCCAAGGCAAGAUAUUCCUGGAACUUCAAUCUUUUAGUGGACGGAAUUCAUCCAUCUUCAGUUUUAGCCAAAUCGUGGUUAAAAUCAAUUUGUAGAACAAUAUUGCGAGAUUGCUUGUAAACUGAAAAUCAGUUGUUGUUUCUGUAGGCAGGGAUUGCCCAGCCACAGAGUUUGAACAUAAAAAACUUUCUACUUAUAUUUGCAUGAAUUUCAUUGAGAUUUCAUUUGUUGUAGUGUAAGCAGGGAAUGCCCAGCUACACCUUUAUUCUAAGGUAAUUUAAUUUUUUUUUGUAUAUUAACUCAGAUCAUUCAAUUUUGAAAAAACUAACCACAUAUAUUAGCAUAGUAGGUGCAUACAAACUUCAUUUAAGAUGGCAGAAGGGCAGUCACUUGAUAAAACGGUUGUAAACUCUGACAAUACUGAAAUUCAGAGCGCGUCGCCAGAUUUACAUCUUAGUUCUAGGAAUCCGAUCUUAACCGAGAAAGGUUUACAAUAUCAAAGGGAUAUAUAUAACAAAAAUUUCAGGUCUUGCGUGUCAAAAUGGCGAAGGCAAUCUGUCCAAGUAUCUAUAAUUAUGUCGGACAGUUCAGAAGUAAAAGCGCUGCGCGACGAGAGAACAAAUCUCGAAAAUUCUUUUGCUGAACUGUGUACGGCUUACGAUCAGUUAAACAAUUUAAGCGCAGAUGAUAAUACUGAAGUUCGUAGUUCUGAAACAUUCGAUAAAAUUGAAAUUGAGCAUCAGCUGAUUAUGUGUAGGAUAUCUGAAAAAAUUUCGGAACUUCAAGUCACAGAUUUUGACUUACAGUCAAUACGUUCGCAACAAAGUAAUAGGUCUUAUAGAUCGCGACGUUCUUAUAAUUCAGUGAAUAUUAAGACUUCUAAUCCGGCAACCGAAGCCGCUGUUUUAAGUGCUAGACUCAGAUACAUAGAAGCAGAAGCUCAUUCUCGCGCUCAGUUUGAAAAAAUCACAACAAUUAAGAAAUUAGAAAUGGCUAAAGCAAGAUUAAUGGCUCUAGAUCAGGAGUUGGUUGGAGAUAAUCAGUCUGAUACUGUGACUAAACAAUUGCAGUUGCCAGUUGAUAUUGAAGAUAAAUCUGAUUUCGUUCAAAAAUAUGUUGAUACACAAUCUCAUAGCAUUCAAAAUGACUAUAAAAUUAUUAAGUCAUCGCAUUCACAAUACACUCAGGGCCAGUCAAAUACACAUAUGCCACAAUUUACAACUUCUUCUCUGCCAUUUGAUUCAACACCUGUUGCAGCUCUGAAUCCUGCAGUAGACCCGUUUAUGCCUAAAAGUUCACUUUCUAAGGCAUCAGUAUCUCAUGAUUCACAAUCUGCCAUAAACACACAAGCAGGUCAAGAUGUAUUAAAUAAUCAAGUUACAGAAGGUUAUUUUGAUAAAGGUGUCGAGCAGUUAACUAAGUCAUUGGUUGAACAAAUAUGUCUUAAUAGACUACCCCCUCCUGAACCUGGAAUAUUUUUUGGAGAUCCGUUGAAAUACCCAGCAUGGAAAACUGCUUUCAAUACUUUAAUUGAAAACAGUCAUAUCUCGCCUUCUGAAAAGAUUCAUUAUUUGAAGAGAUACAUUGGUGGACCGGUUCGAGAGGUAGUUGAGAGUUAUUUCCUACUCUCUUCUGAUGAUUCUUAUGAUGAGGCUAGAAGUUUGUUGGAUGAAAGAUAUGGCGAUCCUUAUAUUUUGGCAAAUGCCUUUCGUGAAAGGCUUGAAAAAUGGCCCAAAAUAGCUGCGAGGGAUGGUCAUGGUCUUAGGCGAUUUUCAGAUUUCUUGCGGCAGUGUGACACUGCAAUGCGCUCUAUUGGUAGUCUUGGGUGUCUCAAUGAUGAUAGAGAAAACAGAAAGUUGUUGCUUAAGUUACCAGAGUGGAUUGUCACACGUUGGAACCGGUUAGUAGUAAAAUGGAAGGAUCAGAAGGGUUCAUUCCCUCCCUUUUCCGAAUUUGUGAAUUUUAUUGUCUGUGAAGCCAAAAUAGCUUGUGAUCCAAUAACAUCUCUUCAGUCACUUAAAUCAGAUCAAACUAGCUCUGAGUCAGAUAAGUCUGAUAGACGUCCAAGGUAUGAAAACAGUCGGCGACCACCUGUGAGAGGUUAUUCUAAAUUUCACUGA